AGUUGAUCCUGACAGCAUCGAUCGGCAGGAGGCAGGCGCUCGGGAACCAGUGCUUCGGUGUUAUUCGUCCUCGAUUGGGUUUUUAAUUUGUUGUCGGUUUUUUUCUGGAAAUCGGAAGUGAAGUGAAUUGAAAGCAGGAAUCCUUCGUCCCCGGGACCAAAGUUGACCCUGGAAAGGUUGGCAAUGAAUCUUCUAUUUGUGAUCUGCGUUUGUGGGAUCGUGGGGAUCAGCCUCGCAAUCAGGAUUAAAAUCCCAACGAAAAGUCGAAACGACGAUCUGUUUUCCGAGGAUGAGUUUACCUUCCCCGUUGAGGACACCAAGGAUCCGAGCAAUUUCACCGGAAACGUGAUGAAGGCUAGCAUUCUGAUGUCACAGGUUAAAAACAAGGGUAAAGGCGAAUUCAAGUAUGCUGUUGAAACAGAAAACGGAAUCGAAGUGGAGCAGAUCGGAAAACUUCGCAACGACAACAAAACCUUUGUGGUCAUGGGUUCCUACACGUACACCGGUGCGAAUGGGAAGCGAUAUCGCGUGCGCUACACAGCCGACGAAUUCGGGUACCAUCCGAUAACGGAACUGGAUCUGGAUAUCCCGGAUCCCGUUGCAGCCCAACCAGCACCACGUCCGAAACCUUUCGCAUUCGCACCACGGGUUACGACGACCCGACCUACCACAACAACGACGGCAGCUCCCACGGUUGGACCAUCCAAUGCGUAUUUGCCUCCGUCGAAUGAUUAUUUACCACCAAGCAACACCUACUUGCCAGCGUCCAAUGAGUACCCUUUGCCAAAAACUGCCAACGAACCUCCACCACCGGAACAGCUGCCUCCCUUCUACAGUGCUCCGUUUCACGGUCAGAACGUGCUUUGAGGAGAACACGGUCCAUCAGUCUGAUAGCCUUAGAUUGUCCCGUUAGUGGCCUUCCACUACAUCAACAGUGUACAUAUCGGUUUCCUUUUAGAAUAAGCUAUUUAUAAAUAUACGAUUAGA